AUGCAGAAUGAGGAAUGGAUCAGGGUGAAGAGAGUGCUAGAUGAAUUUGUACAACAUAUGCAGACGAAUGAGCACCUCAGGGAAUCAUUAGGUGCAAACUGUGAUAAUUCAGGUUGGGAUGAUAUAACAGCACCGAGAGAGUAUUACAUGAGCCAGACAGUAGCGGACAUGAUAAGAUGUAGGCUGAUGUCCGCAGCAUUGUGGUUUGCGAACCAGGAUGACGUGAAGGAUGAGGAGGUGAACAGGUUAAGAUGUGAAGUAGCAAAUGUUUUUGGAUACAUCCUGAAAAACAUGUAUUGUCCGCGCAAGGGACAAUGGGCGAGGGGCAUAGAGUAUGCAUAUACAGCAAUGAGGAAUAUGGGGAAAAACCCGGAUGGAGCACGAGUGCCGCACGGGUUGGCAGGUCCUGUUGUGGACGGAAAGUGUACAGUGUGUGGGUAUAAAGGGUGGGAGACGACACCAGGAAUAAUAAAUGGAGACAUCGCAGAAUGGUUCGUAGAGAAAGGAAUAAUGGCAGAAAUAGGGAAACUAGAGGGCGACAUGCCUUGUGAACAGGAUUGGAGAAAGUAUAAGAAGGCGAGCGGCGGUACUGACCAUAAGGUUAUAGAGGAGGAAAAAAUACCUGAAGUGAAACAAGUAGAGAAAAAAGUGGUAGAAGACACGGAGAAGGUCAUUGGGAAGGUGAAGGAAAAACUGCACGCAGAAAUUGAAAAGGGAACGAAACAGGUAGCUGGAGGAGGAGACAAGAACGGGAAAAAGCCGUCGUCAACAUCACCAUCACCAGAAGGAGCAUCUGGGGUAGCAACAGGAACACCUUCCGGACAACCACGAUCAGAUGGCGCAGCAGGAGAGAACAGGGUCACAGCGGCACCAGUACCCGUACCACAACCCCCACCACCUCCACCAACGGUGCAGGAAGGAGACUCAGGAGUAGGAGGAAAAAAGGAGGACGUAGAAACCGUAGCCCCGGUACCACCGAAGGGUGAUGCAAAAACUGAUCACGCUAAUACUCCAGCAGGUACGAAGACUGAACCAAAGUGUGGAGUUACCACGCAGACUCACGAAUCUUCAGGUGUUGAUGAGAGCGGUAAUGCUCAUUCUGUGGCCGUGACCUUCAACAUCACUCCAACUGCGCCCGAAUGUUCAGGAUCUGGCACUUCAG